GAUCUGUUUACGACUUUAUUUCCCCCCGUUUUUUUGUAAAGACACAGUCAGCGAGUUGUUUAAAUGUCAGAAAAUACCUUUUGAUUAAUUUAUCUGUUUAAAAUGAAUAUCAAUUCUCAUGCUUAUCUAGCGUUUUGUUUAGUAUUUCUGAGUUACUUUAGCAACAAUCACUUGAUGUCAAAUGUAACUGAAGAAAGUGUAGAAGAAAUGCCAGACACUUACGAUCCCUAUGACUUAAGCCAUUUGGAGUGUGGCCACUGCAAAAGGAAUGUGUCCCAUUGUAAGAUCCUAACAACCGGUUACUCUUGCAGUCAUUAUGGCGACUUGGGAAGUGUUGUCACAAUUAAAUCAUAUCCAAGUAUUAACUACAUAGAUAAGAAUUUGCUGCUGAAUAACUCACAACAUUUGGAUAAAUGUCUACCUGAUGUAUAUGGCUUAACCUUCAUUUCGAAGCACUGCUGCUUUUGGUCACCGAAAUUGGGCUGUACUCAAGUUAAGCAUAAAUCAAGUCUAAGUGACUUAUGCAACGAGUGUUUCAGGAACAAGAAGAAUAAAAAUAAAGGCUGUGAAUGCUCCAAGGCAAAUCUGUGGAUCGGUAAUAAUAAUCAUGCUUAUAUCUACUAUGUGGCUUUAUUCUGUUUACUGAAGAAAUUGUUAACAAUAAACUAAGAGAAAUAUAUGCAAAGAUA